CGCACGGUACUGUUGAGCUGAGAUCAGACUCCUGUGGAUCGGAGCGCGGAUCUGCAGCUGACCCUCAUCACACAGACCCACUGUUCGGAUAACACAUCACGUUCGGCAAAACACCGUUUAUGGUUUUAACUGAAGAUUUCACAAUGUCUCGCACCGACGAGGUCCACCGCAUUACGGAAAAUGUCUAUAAGACCAUCAUGGAACAGUUCAAUCCCUGUUUGCGGAAUUUCAUCGCCAUGGGAAAGAACUACGAGAAGGCUCUCUCCAGUGUGACGUUUGCAGCGAAGGGCUAUUUCGAUGCUCUGGUGAGAAUGGGAGAGCUGGCCAGUGAAAGCCAAGGAUCUAAAGACUUGGGGGACGUGCUUUUCCAGAUGGCAGAGGUCCACCGGCAGAUUCAAGUGCAGUUAGAGGAAAUGUUGAAAUGCUUCCACAACGAGCUGCUGUCGGAGCUGGAGAAGAAAGUGGAAUUGGACGCGAGAUACCUGACUGCGGCUCUUAAGAAGUACCAGAUGGAGCACAAAAGCAAAGGAGAAAGUCUGGAGAAAUGCCAGGGUGAGCUGAAGAAACUGCGGAGGAAGAGCCAGGGCAGCAAGAACCCCUCCAAGUACGGCGAGAAGGAGUUGCAGUACGUUGAAACCAUCAGCAGUAAACAGAGUGAGCUGGAUAACUUCAUUGCAGAGGGCUACAAAACAGCACUUUCAGAGGAACGUAGGAGAUACUGUUUCCUGGUGGACCGCCAGUGCGCCGUGGCCAAGAACAGCAGCGCCUACCAUGGCAAGGGUAAGGACUUGUUAACCCAGAAGAUCCCAGUGUGGCAGCAGGCUUGUUCAGACCCUAACAAGCUGCCCGACAGGGCCAUGCUGCUCGCCCAGCAGAUGAGCUCUGGAACCGGCACCCUCCUUUCCAGCCCUCUGCACUCCUCCAAGGGCAACCUGGUCAUCUCAGAUCCCAUUCCUGGAGCGCAACCGCUGCCUGUGCCCCCUGAACUAGCUGCCUUCAUGGGAAGUGGCCUGGGCCAUCAGGCGCGGCUAAUGGGUCCUGAUGGCAUGUCUCUGGUGAACGGGACAACAGGGGUCCAUGGAGACGACUACUGGACGGAGAGCGGGGUCUCUCAGGGAAGACCACCCUCUCCACAGAGUCAGUCUCAAACGCAGAGCCAGCCCCAGAGACAGGUCAGCGACGUAUAUUCCAACACCCUGCCCGUCCGCAGGCCCCAGCCUGCUAAAAACAAGACCACUGUGGGAGAGACACGAACUCUGCCCAGGUCAAGUUCCAUGGCAGCUGGUCUGGAGAAGAACGGACGUUCUCGUGUACAGGCCAUUUUCUCCCACGCCGCUGGCGACAACAGCACCCUUCUGAGUUUCACUGAGGGCGACAUCAUCACCCUGCUGGUGCCAGAGGCACGGGACGGCUGGCACUAUGGAGAGAAUGAGAAAAAUAAGAUGCGUGGCUGGUUUCCUUUUUCCUACACCCGAGUGCUGCCUGACAGUGACAGCGAGAAGUUAAGAGUCAAUCUUCACCAUGGGAAGAGCAGCAGCACAGGAAACCUGCUGGAACGAGAGGACAUGUCCUUGCCCAUGCCUGACUAUGGUCUGACUGCCCGACUGUUGGCACAGAGCCUAACACAGACUCGACCACGUCCCUACAGCAUGGCAGGCUUUGCACAGCCAGCGCUAGAGGAUUAUGACAGUCAGUUUGCCACAAGUUCCGAUGGCAAAUUGAUUUCGACAGUGUGAACACAGACAGACUAUCAGACACAGAUCCGGAUAGCACAGGGGCCACGCCCCUACUUCCCUUAGCCCCUCCCCCUCUUAAGCUCUGCCUCCACACACUCCUCCUCCAAUGGAAGGGGCCAGUCUCAUCCCUCCUUUCUGUCCUCUCUUCCUCCCUGCGUCUUGCCGGGGCGAUAGUGGCGGUCGCGUGUGGUGGGUCGGGGGGGAACUCUGAGAAGAACGACCGGAACGCAGUCCAACUGCUCGUCUCGCUGCUUUACGGACUCUGAUUCGCCUGUAGUGACGCCGCUAUGACAUCGCUGUGGACUCCAAAGAGACUGCUUACCACUUCCCGUCUUUCAUGCAUGAGCACAAGUUUUGCUAUGUGGUUGUUUUUUUAAAUGACAUCCUCAUGUAAAAGUGCCAAAAGAGAAGCAAAAUUUGGUCUUUUGGAGCAGUUCUCCUCAUUCCGAAGCUCUUGCUGAGUGUUUUUUUCUAAGCAGAUGUAAUGGGAGCCUCAUGCCAAAUGAGGAAUGUUUUUUGUUUUUUUAAUUCUUCUUUGUGGUUUAGUUGUGCAGAGUGUACUCUCUCUCUGUGGUUUUGAAGAGCAUUUGCAUUUUGUGAAUCCCUCAUGUAUUACCUGGUGCUCCUCUGGUCCAGAGGCUGUGUCGCUUUGUGCCGCAACGAGCUUAGAUUUUCCUCCGAUUCACCCACGAAAUUGGAACGAUUGGAAGGAAAAUCGAAAUUUUCCCUCAUUAAACAAGUGCCAAAUGAGAGUGGACCUACCGAACUAGAGUGAAGGUCGCAUGAGCUUCAAAAUACUCGGGUGGGACUGUGCCGUUCGUCCAGACCGGCACGUGUCCGCUCACCCUACAUGCAUGAAAGAAAAGUGCUCUGAGCAGAAACCUUUCACCCCAAAAAUAUCCCGUUAUCCUGCCUCAGACACUUUGAAGUAUGGGAUCAGAAUAGCAUUGAAAUUAAUAUUUGACAGUAUGAUUCACAAACGCGUGACCUAGUUCACAAAAUUUGAUUGUCAAAUGUUCAUUUGAACAGUGUGUUCAAAAACUCAUGAACUGAUUGAUGACAUUGAAUUUGAGUGUGAAUGUUUCAGACUUUUCUGAGAGGUUUUGAUCCAAAAGUACUUUUUGCCAAAAUACCAACAUCCACUUUUUGGUAAAAUAGUGAUUUAUUUAUUUAUUUUAUUUAGUUUUUUCUUCAUUUUCUCAUCAGGUACAUCCUCUUCAGCCAAUCAGAUGAGAGUUAGAGAUCAGUGCAUUGGACAACACUGAAAUGUUGAAAUAAAAUACCAUAUGAAAGGGCCUUUAUUAUGGCUGCAAAGCAAAUAAUCACAAUUAAUCGCAUAAAAAAAUAAAAGUUUAUGUUUACAUACUGUAUGUGAUCCAGGACCACAAAACCAAUCAUAAAGGUCAAUUUUUUGAAACUGAGGCUUAUACAUCAUCGGAUAGCUGAAUAAAUAAGCUAUCCACUGAUUUAUGGUUUGUUAGGAUAGGGCAACAUUUAUUUGAGAUACAAGUAUUUGAAAAUCUGGAAUCUGACGGUGCAAAAAAUUCUAAAUAUUGAGAAAAUCGCCUUUAAAGUUGUCCAAAUGAAGUUCUUAGCAAUGCAUAUUGCUAAUCUAAAAUUAAAUUUUGACACGUUUAUGGUGGGAAAUUUACAGAAUAUCUUCAUGGAACAUGAUCUUUACUUUGACAUAAAAGAAAAAUUGAUAAUUUUGAUGUAUGGACAAUAUAAAAUUUAUUCAGCAAACUAUUGAUGUAUGGUUUUUUAGGACAGGACAGUAUUUGGCCGAGAUACAAAAUCAAAGUUAUUCAAAUUAAGUUCUUAGCAAUGCAUAUUACUAAUCAAAAAUUAAGUUUUGAUAUAUUUAUGGUAGGAAAUUUACAAAAUAUGUUCAUGGAACAUGAUCUUUACUUAAUAUCUUUGAUCUUUUCUAAUGAUUUUCGACCCAUACAAUGUAUUGUUGGCUAUUGCUACGAAUAUACCUGUGCUACUUAUGACUGGUUUUGUGGUCCACAGUCACAUAUAAUAUAAAUUAUAUAAAAGUAUAAAUAUAUAUACAAAUAUUUUUUUAUCUACAUACAUAUAUGUGUGUGUAUUAAUGUAUACAUAAUAAAUAUACAUAGCACACACACAUAGUAUGUAAACAUAAACUUUUGUUUUGAAUGUGAUUAAUCACGAUUAAUAAUUUUUCAGGCCGAGCCUUUAUAGCAAGAGAUCACUCAAAAAUGAAAUUACUGACAUUUCCUCACCCUCAUGUUGUUCCAAACCCAUAAGUCUUUGGUUCAUCUUUGAAACACAUAUUAAGAUCUUUUAAUGAAUCCUAAGAAGUUUCUGUUCCUCCAGGUAACCGAAAGAACUUAAGUCUUAUGGGUUUUGAACGACAUGAGGGUGAGUAAACAAUAGGUAUGUUUCAAUCACCCUGUUUUUAUGCGCAUUUUGAAGUAUCGCAUCAGAAACAAAUGGUGGAAGCACCAAAUUUCGAGAAAAAAAAUCCAUUCAUUUACAAAAAAGCUUUUACGGUCGCUUGGGGUGGUUUUUGAAAAAGAGCUAAUGUGAAUAAUGGGAGAUGGAAACGCGUUUGCCGAAUAAAUUCCACCAUGUGCAUCAAGUCAUGUGACUUUGCGCUAUGGGACGGCAUAACCUAACUAGCCAGCGAACUGAUCUUGUUGUACAGCAUCUGAAAUGUUCUUAUGGUCAUUCUUAAACCCAAAGUAUACUUCGUACUACAUGCGCGUAACAGUUUUGACAGUGUUGCCACCUUGUGGAACAACUGAUUACUGCAAAACAAAUUUUUUGCGCAUGUGUGACCUGCGCAUUCGAAGUAGAGUACAGUACGCGCAUACUAUUAUACUAUAAUACUAUAUAUAUACUAUAUACUGUGACAAAAUUGGUCACGCAAAGUAUACUUUGGGCUUUAAAUGCCUUAGCAAAGUCUGUCGUCAAAGUAUUUCUGUACAAAUGCCACCCAGAACUUACGUGACUACGUUCCCAAACAGCAGGCAUUCACCUCCGAAAGCAAUGACCUCAUUUAUUGAGUUCACAAGUAAAUAAUUAUAUAUGAAAACUACUACAUUUAGUGGCUUCUCUUACUUUUUUAUAGUGAUAUUUAGUGCCAGUUUAUCAGGAAGUGACAAUUUUGUUCACUUUGACUUGUUGGAUGGAAACGGCGCUUAUGCAAUGUUACAGUUUUGCGCUUAAGUUAAAUUUGCAUGAUGUUAAUGACAGAAUUCUCAUUUUUGAGUGAGCUAUGUCUUUAAAUGAUACUUUUGUGAAUAUAUUCAUUCUAUUUUGUGAAUAUCAGCGAGGUUACACUUUUAUGUAUCAUAUUUUGUGAACAUAUUAAUUUUGGCCUAUUCUGAGCCCAUACUAAAGUGCCACCAGCCCAUGUCUCUAAAACAUUCCCGUUGUAGUAUGUUUCCAUGCAGUUUUAGGAUGUUGACUGACAGAUCCUCUGGAGCUGUGGUGUAGUCCUCGCUGUGUUGAUGUUCUUUUGUUUCUUUUUUUAUUUUCUUGGAAAAUAGACAAACUAGGAAAAAUGCACAAGAAAUCAGUGUAACAAUCACAAUAUGCAUGCUGAGGAGGAACAUAGUGAACAUUGACCUUGAAUGUAUGGUGACUUUUUACGAAAGGAAUAAAUAAAUAUCUAUAUAUUAAUAAAACAUUUGUUCAAAUGAGCUUUUGCUGAUUUUUAAUUUGUCAUGAAUUACUUGCAUUGAGCUUCAAUGGGUGCUGCACACCUACAGCCAACUUGGCAGAAAAGACCUUUGUUGUGAUAUUCAUUUAUAUUUUAUGAUGCUAUUGGUUGAUAUAUGUGACCCUGGACAACAAAACCAGUCUCGAGUAGCACGGGUAUAUUUGUAGCAAUAGCCAAAAAUACAUUGUGUGGGUCAAAAUGAUCGAUUUUUCUUUUAUGCCAAAAAUCAGUAGGAUAUUAAGAUCAUGUUCCAUGAAGAUAUUUUGUAAAUUCCUUUAAUUUUUAAUUUUUGAUUAGUAAUAUGCAUUGCUAAGAACUUCAUUUAGACAAUUUUAAGGGCGAUUUUCUCAAUAUUUGGAUGUUUUGCACACUCAGAUUACAGAUAUUCAGAUAGUCUGUACCUAUCAAAGAUUGUCCUAUCCUAACAAACCUUACAACAAUGAAAAGCUUAUUAUUUAUUCAACUUUUUAUUCAGAUAAUUGAAAAAUUGACCCUUAUGACUGGUUUUGUGGUCCAUGGUCACAUAUUAUUUGAUAAAAAAUCUGUACAUUCAAAAUAUGGGCCAUUUUGGGCCAUUAAUGGCUAAUCUUGCUCCCUGAGCUUAUUAUUGAGUUUUUUGGCAUACCAGCAAGACAAGCUCUACCUCAACUGGGUCGUCUACAAAUAAACGUCAUCUUUCGAGACGACUAUCAACCAACAUUUCACGAACCUGAAGAGCACACAGUUUGUGUAUUUGUGCAUCAUGACGUCGUGUCUGUAUGAAUAUGUGACCUGUCCGUGUUUCUGUCUGUGCUUGCCUGCUCGCCUUUUUUCUUCUUCUUAUCUUCUAAGACCUGAUCUAUUUGAGAUGCAUAAGACGUGUCAGUUUUCUAUUUAUACAAGCAUGCAUUUUAGAUAAAGAACUGUGAUGGAUUUGAUCUUGAAAUGUGCUCUUCAAGAGUUCAUACAUUGUUUUCCAUACACAUCUGUUUACUAAUUGGACCUCCUAACCAAACUGCUAUGGGCAGACCUUUCAUUUUGCACUAUAUUUUGAACCCAUGUCAUUUCUAGAAGUGCGUUAUUUACUCAUCUACGAACAUAAGACUGUGACGUCAUCCAUGAGCAGUCCCAAAAAGCGCCAUGUCACAGAGCAAGUAACCUACAGUACGGCCAUCGUACGCACCACACUAACAGUCAUGUGAAUGCGGUGGAAAUGUAGCCAUGCAUAGCCUCGGUCUGAGCUGAGCUCUCAGGUACAAACCCCUGGACUCUCUUUACUUUCCAGUUUGGGUCCUGAAUUGUCCCGGUUCUGAGUGUUGCAGGACCUCCGUAAGUCACCUGCCUCCAUCGCUGCUCAGCCAAACCAGUCAUGCCCUUUCUUUUGUUCUUUUAAUUUUGGUUUGUUCUUCGACUCUCAUCCGCUGCGCGGCUUAAACGGGCAACUGUUUCGUCUCAUGCCGCCACCUGCCUCUCUGGUUGGUCGUUGGCUUUUUUUUUGUGUGUGAGCUGUAGUUCGCACCAGCCAGAGAGGUCGUAGGUUGCCAGGAAAUGGUGUUGGCGCUGGAGGUAACCCCAAAUCUAACUCUUGCAUGCAUCUAUCAAUGCUGACAGAAGUAACUAUGCCUUGUUCCAUUUGCAUGCCUGCUCCAAACACCUCUUCUCCAGAUACCUGUUCAUAAGUAUAUGUCAAAUGAAUCACCGUAUGCCUUUCAGCAGUACCUUCCUUCUGUAUCCCAAAUCAAAGUGCAGUAGAGCUGUUUUUGUGUCGUAGAGUUCAGUGGGUCACUAGCGCGGGCCGUGUUGUGGGCGUACUGACCGUGUUUGUUCUCCACCCCCUCUCC